AUAUUCUCUUAUCUAUGGUUCCAAGUCAAUCGGAAAAGCCUCUCCUUAUUUAAUGUGUUGUAAGUAGUGAAAUUUCUGCUGUUUUGCAUUAGAAAUCUAAUUUUUUGGGAUGUUGUUGAAGAUGGCUCCUAUUCUUCUGUUUAUUUUCUUCUUUCUCACCCAUUCUCUGCUUCCGAGCUCCGCUGAAGACAAGGAACAACCUCGUAAAUGUCCACCAUUCUCUUGUGGAAAAUUUGGGCUGAUUCAAUUCCCUUUUAACAGUAAGAAGAGCCCUGGAUGUGGAGUGUUCUCAGUGGAUUGUUCAGAAAAUCAAACGAAGAUUCAAUUGAAAGAAGGAGGGCACUGGUAUGGCGUCAAGAUCAUCUCCCAGGCAGAUUCCAUUGUCGUCAGCGAGACAAUAUCACUAUCUCAUAUCAUCGAUGAGUGUAAAACUAUCAAUAGUUUCUCUCUUCCCAGCGCCAAAUCAUCGCUCUUCCAGGUCUAUAAUCUAACAGUUAAGAAUUCAUCAACGCUCUACGAUUGCAGUCACAGUCACAGUCGUGGCGUUACUCCGCCGAAAGAUUUUUAUCGAACUAAGUGCGGAGAGCACGAUUUCUACAGCAAUCCCCGAAACAUAAGUUUUCCAUUCGAACAACAAUGUCAAGUUGUCACGAUUCCUUUUCCACUCCAACAUCAUGAACACCCCACCACACAAACAAGAAAAGUUUCAGUUGAUUUCAAUUUUCAAGUGCAACCUAGCCAUGCUUGUUGGACAUGUCACCUUAAUCGAGGGACAUGCCAUAAUACUAACGAAAAUCAAUUUCAGUGUUUAGAUACUCUGGGGACACUGCGAAAAGGACAUAACGAGAAGAAAAAGCCAAAGUUAGGACUAGGACUAGGACUUGGGUUAGGUUUUGGAGGUCUUUUUGCUAUAAUGGGCUUGGCAAUCAUUAGGUGGCGCAGGAAACAAAGACGUGCUGCUUCAAGGAACAUGGCUGAUCCGUAUAUGAAUAUGGAGGAUCCAGAGUGGGCUAGUGGCUAUCUUGGGGUCCCUGUCUUUUCCUACAAAGAACUCACUGAAGCCACUAAUAACUUCGAUGCUGAUAAAAGACUUGGACAUGGAGGUUUUGGAACUGUUUACCAUGGCAAACUCAAAGAUGGGAGGGAAGUAGCAGUGAAGCGCUUGUACGAGCACAACUAUAAAAGAGUAGAACAAUUCAUAAACGAGAUAGAAAUUCUCACCCUCCUACGCCACAAAAACCUGGUAGUCCUCUAUGGCUGCACUUCACCCCGCUGUACGGAACUCCUCCUCGUCUACGAGUACAUCCCCAAUGGCACAGUUGCAGAUCAUCUCCACGGAGAUCAUGCGAAAACCAGCCCCCUAACCUGGCCAAUUCGUCUGAGAGUCGCCAUUGAAACCGCCAGCGCUUUGGCCUACCUCCAUGCUUCAGACAUAGUCCACCGUGAUGUCAAGACCAACAACAUUCUUCUAGACAACAAUUUUUGUGUCAAAGUUGCAGAUUUCGGCCUAUCACGGCUGUUCCCCAACGACGCCACUCACGUCUCGACUGCUCCACAAGGGACCCUUGGCUACGUUGAUCCAGAAUAUCACCAAUGUUAUCAGCUGACUAGUAAAAGUGAUGUUUAUAGCUUUGGAGUAGUUCUAGUCGAGCUCUUAUCAUCCAUGCCUGCGGUUGAUAUAACAAGAGAUAGGCAUGAGAUUAAUCUCUCUAACUUAGCAAUAUGCAAGAUUCAAAAACGAGCUUACAGUGAGUUGAUUGAUCAAUGUCUUGGGUUUGCUUCGGAUACUAAGGUUAGAAUAAUGACCAUUGCAGUAGCAGAGUUAGCUUUUGAGUGUUUGCAACAAGAUAAGGAAAUGAGGCCUACAAUGGAUGAAGUUUUGGAGAGACUAAGGAGAAUCGAAGAUGAGAAAUUUGAGAUUCAGGUUGUUGAUGGUUCUAUGUUGAAUAUGAGCAGUAAUGUACAACCCCCAUCACCACCUUCGCCUGAUUGUGAUGAGGUUGGGUUGUUUAAGAAGAUAAAACAAGAGCAACCGCCAUCUCCCAAUGAUGUGACUCGAAACUGGCCCAGUAUUACGUCUAGCAAGUCUUAUUUCAGUGGCUAAAUAUUCUAGCUUUCAAUCUCACUUGUACAAAAAUUCAAGUAGAAUGGUAUAAUUAAUUAUAUUUGUACCAUCAGCGAGUAGGCAAGCUGGGUCCAAAUUUAUUAUUAUUAUUAUUAUUAUUAUUAUUAUUA